AUGGGACGUUCCGGUAAAUUUGGCAGAAUACCAAUGGAUAAGAUCAAUCUUUGGGGAGGCUCGCUCUCAUUAGGACAUCCGUUCGGUGCGACUGGUGUCAGAUUGGCUUCCCAUGCUGCUGGGAGGUUAAAGGAGGAAAAGGGACAAUACGCAGUGAUUGCUGCAUGCGCUGCUGGAGGACACGGUGUUGGAAUGCUUGUUGAAGCAUAUAACAAGUAA